AUGGUCCCAAAAGAAGACCAUCAGUACAUUGGUAUUAUCCAACUGCUUCAUCAUUUCAGGUGGACAUGGAUUGGGAUUUUUGCUGUCGAUAACAACAAUGGAGAAUAUUUCUUACAGAAAAUGCAGCCCUUACUUUCACAGAAUGGAAUCUGCGUAUCGUUCAUACAACGUCUUUCACAAGUGGAAGACUACAAAGAACUUUAUGACACAGUCUUAGGAAUUUAUAUUAAUUUGACAAAUAGCAAAGCAAAUACAUUUCUUGUCUAUGGAGAAUCAUUGACAAUCAUGGGACUCAGAGCUGUCACAUUUUUUGCAGAUCCUGAAAACAAGCGAAAUGCAUUAUUUAGAAAGGUGUGGAUCAUGACUACGCAGAUUGAUUUCACACUAUCAGGCUUUCAAACUGCUUGGGAUCUCCAGAUGUUCCAUGGGGCUAUUUCCUUCACCAUUCAUUCAAGACCGGUUGUAGGGUUUCAGGAAUUUCUUCAGACCAUAAGACCUGAUGCAGGCUACAGAGAUGGGUUUCUGAAGGAUGUUUGGGAACAAUCAUUUGAUUGUUCAUUUCCAAAACCAGAGUUACAACCAAUGCCCAGUAGGCAGUGCAUUGGGGAGAAGAAGCUGGAGGAUCUUCCUGGGCCUUUAUUUGAAAUAGAAAUUACUGGCCAAAGCUACAGUGUCUACAAUGCCAUUUAUGCUGUUGCUCAUGCUUUGCAUGCUCUACUCAUGUUGGGGUUCAAUAAGAAAAAAAACAUGGGUAAAAAAACUGACUUCCCAGACCUGAAGGCUUGGCAGCUCCAUCCAUUUCUUCAAGGCAUUUCUUUUAACAAUUCAGCUGGAGAGAGAGUCUUCCUGAAUGAGAAACAGGAAACAACAGGUGGAUUUGACAUCAUCAACUUGAUCACUUUUCCAAACAGAUCCUUUCAGAGAGUUAGAGUUGGAAAGUUAGAUCCCAGUGCUCCAAAAGGGAAAGAGUUAUUCCUUGAUGAAGAUUUGAUUGUCUGGCACCCAGCCUUUAACCAGGUUCUUCCACUUUCUCGGUGUAAUGACCAUUGUUCCCCUGGAUCCUGGAAGAAAAGGGCUGAAGGAAAACUGUUCUGCUGCUAUGACUGUGUUCCAUGCCCAGAAGGGAAGAUUUCAAAUCAAGAUGAUAUGGAUGACUGUUUUGAAUGUUCAGAAGAUCAUUAUCCAAAUAAAGAAAAGAAAGGAUGUAUCUUGAAACCAGUGGUCUUUCUCACUUUGGAAGAAACAUUAGGAAUUGGUUUAGCCUCAACUGCUCUCUGUUUCUCCCUCUUGACAUCUUGGGUCCUUGGAAUUUUUAUUAAGCACAGGGACACUCCCAUUGUUAAAGCCAACAACCGGGCCCUCACCUACACCCUCCUUGUCUCUCUUCUGCUCUGUUUUCUCUCCUCUCUCUUCUUCCUCACCCCACUUGGUAAAGUGACCUGCCUUCUCCGACAAUCCACUUUUGGCAUCACCUUCUCAGUGGCCAUUUCUAGUGUCCUGGCCAAAACCAUCACAGUGGUUGUUGCUUUCAUGGCCACCAAACCAGGAUCUCAGAUGAGGAAAUGGGUGGGGAAAAGAUUGGCUUUUUUUACAGUCCUGUCCUGCUCUCUCUUCCAAGUAUGCAUUUGUACUCUUUGGUUGUCAACAUCUCCCCCAUUCCCUGAAUUAGACAUGCACUCAGAAUCCAAAGAAAUUAUUCUGCAAUGCAAUGAGGGCUCAGCCUCCUUCUUCUACUGUUUCUUGGGCUACAUGGGUAUCUUGGCCAUGGCCAGCUUUAUUGUGGCUUUUCUUGCCCGUAAAUUACCUGACAGCUUCAAUGAAGCCAAGUUCAUCACCUUCAGCAUGCUGGCCUUCUGUAGUGUGUGGGUGUCCUUUUUUCCAGCCUAUCUGAGCACAAGAGGAAAAGCCAUAGUAGCUGUGGAGGUCUUCUCCAUCUUGUCCUCCAGCGCUGCCUUACUGGGAUGCAUAUUUUUCCCGAAAUGCUAUAUCAUUCUUUUCAGGCCUGAACUAAAUCACAGGGAACAACUAAUAAAGAGGAAUUAA